UGGUUAUCACUAUCCUUGUUGCCAAACAGUAACUCUAACUUCACUCCUUUUGAUCGCUCCCAAUGCCCAAUCGGUCUUCUCUUUCUCCGACGACCGCCACUCCAACCUCUCCACCGCCGGCCGUUUCUCCACAAUUUCUUUGUUGAGAUAAGUUUUAAAAAUGGAACCAGAUGUGAUUGAAUUUCUCUGUUGAGCUAAGUAAAUUAAGAAUGGAACCAGAGGUGAUUGAAGCCGAGUUGGUAUUGCCAACUCACCUGAGUUUUAAGCGAGUUCAAAUGUAUGAGAAGUACCCAAAAGGUCAAUCGAGAGGUAGACAUUGGAAACACCUAAGGCAGAUCAUUCAAGCUGAAAAUUACCAGAAUUUUCCACCAGAUGAACCCAAUUAUGUCAACAUUGAGUCACCUCCCUCUAUGCAUCCUUGCAAAAAAAUUUGUGACAUAACUGGAUAUGAGGCACCUUAUUCUGAUCCUAGAACUAAUCUUCGUUACGCGAAUGCUGAGGUUUUCAAGCUCAUUCGAUCGUUGCCUAAUGAAUAUGUGCAGAGGUAUCUUGCUCAGAGGAAUGCUGCUGUGGUUUUGAAGUAAAAUUUGGCCUUAUCGGUUAUCUUUAUAACCUAUUCUAUUGUGGUCUUUAUAUGCUUCUCUAAUUUUUCUAUUACGAAAACUUUUUAUUCUUUUUCCUUUUUGCAAAAUCAUUACCUUUGAAAUGGGGUAAUUUGGAGAUUAGGGGAUUUGGGCAUUUUAGAUAUUAGAGAGAAAAUUUGAGUUAAAAUGUAUGUGAGAAUUAAUGAGAGAUGAUGUAGUGAAUGACAAUGAAUUUCAAAAUGUAUGGAGAGAUUGCUUGAAUAUAAAUGUAAAUAUAGAUGGCUUUUUGUUA